AUAUCCUGACCAAAAGAGGAAGUGGCAGGUUACUAGUCUUAAACUUAUCUGCAGCUGUACAUCAUAGACAGCAAACUGGUGACUGCCUACAGUCGUUUCUGUAACAACAGAAAGUGUACUCACUCAGAGUAGGCUGAAUUCAAAAUGCUGAAGAGAAAACCAUCCAAUGUUUCAGAGAAGGAGAAACAUCAGAAACCAAAGCGCAGCAGCAGUUUUGGGAAUUUUGAUCGUUUUCGGAAUAAUUCCAUAUCAAAACCAGAUGAUUCAACUGGGGUAAAUGAAGGGGAACCCACAAAUGAAAGUGGAGAACAAAACAAAACUUCAAAUAAUGGAGGAGGCUUAGGUAAAAAAAUGAGAGCUAUUUCCUGGACAAUGAAGAAAAAAGCGGGUAAAAAGUACAUCAAAGCCCUUUCUGAGGAAAAGGAUGAGGAAGAUGAAGAUGCCCUCCCAUAUCGGAAUAGUGACCCCAUGAUUGGAAACCAUACAGAGAAGGGCUCCCUUAAAGCCAGUGACUCCAUGGACAGCAUCUACAGUGGGCAGAGCUCAUCAAGUGGUAUAACAAGCUGUUCAGAUGGUACAAGUAACCGGGACAGCUUUCGUCUUGAUGAUGAUAGCCCCUACUCAGGACCCUUCUGUGGCCGUGCCAGAGUACAUACGGAUUUCACACCAAGUCCCUAUGACGCUGACUCCCUCAAAAUCAAGAAAGGAGAUAUCAUAGACAUUAUCUGCAAAACGCCAAUGGGGAUGUGGACUGGAAUGCUGAACAAUAAAGUGGGAAACUUCAAAUUUAUUUAUGUUGAUGUCAUCUCAGAAGAAGAAGAAGCAGCCCCCAAGAAAAUAAAGGCACACAAAAGAAGUGGAAAGGAAAAACCCAAGACUCUGCAGGAGUUCUUAGAGAGGAUUCACCUUCAGGAAUAUACCUCAACACUUUUGCUCAAUGGUUAUGAGAGCCUAGAAGAUUUAAAGGAUAUAAAAGAGAGUCAUCUCAUUGAAUUAAACAUUAAAAACCCAGAAGAUAGAAUGAGGUUACUAUCAGCUGCUGAAAAUCUCCUUGAUGAAGAAACUGUUCAAGAGCAAGAAAAUGAAUCCAUGCCCCCAUCCUUUAGCGCAGACAUCUCCUUAAAUAAGUCACAGUUAGAUGACUGCCCAAGGGACUCUGGUUGUUAUAUCUCAUCAGAAAAUUCAGAUAAUGGUAAAGAAGAUCUGGAGUCUGAAAAUCUAUCUGACAUGGUACAGAAGAUUGCUAUCACAGAGCCAAUCGACUAAACACACUUUCUCAACUCUAUACCUACAGAUAUGUUCCACUUAAGCUCUUCUUGAACUAAAAGAUCAAAUAGGAGAAGAAAAGUAUUUGUAGAUACAAAAAAAGUUUUAAGGGGAAUGAUUGUACAUAAAAGGUCAUAUCUCUAACAUUUAUAAGUAUUAUAAAUAAUAUGUAUAUUUAUUACUUUAAAAGCUACGUGUUAAUAUUUCACUUGCCUGUAUCAGAAAAAGUAUAGUGGGUUUUCUUGUUGUUGUUGUUCUUUUUUUUCUUUUUAGGGCCACACCCACAGAAUAUAGAAGUUCCCAGGCUAGGGGCCGAAUCAGAGCUACAGCUGCCGGCCUACGCCAUAGCCACAACAAAACAGGAUCUGAGCUGCAUCUGUGAUCUACACCAUGGCUCAUGUCAUGCAAUGGCAUAUCCUUAACCCACUGAGCAAGGCCAGGGAUCAAACCUACAUCCUCAUGGAUCCUAGUUGGGUUCAUUAACCAUGAGCCACAAAGGGAACUUGUAUAUUUAUUAUUUUAAAUGCUUACAUGUUAAUAUUUCACUUGCCUGUAACAGAAAAAGUAUAGUGUAAGUGAGAUGUAAUGUGGUAUAUUAGAUAUAAGUUUUAUUUGGCUUUAUUUUAUAAGUACAAAAUGAUUUUGCCAAAAAACUCUUCUUUUUAUACCUGCUAGUUUUGAAUUUGUGUAAAUUACUGAAUGUAUAGUAAUGGAGCAUGUGUCUGUUUAACCAAUUGUCCAAGCAGCAUUUUAUAUUCAUUUUUAUAAUUACUAGGAAAGAAUAAGUUAAUAUUGGAGGCAUUUUAUCCUGAUCCAUAGUGGACUUUUAGUAACUGGUUUUUGUUGAUUUCUUCACUAUUAUUCACUAUAGAUAACAAUAUGUUGUAAAUUCUUAUUGAGUAAAACUAAUUUUAAUAACUAUACAUGUUUUUCAUCUUUAAGUGUAAAUAUUUUUAAUUAUGAAAUGCUCUAAUUUUAAUAAUAAAAAGAACCAUGUGCAUUUG